AAAAGACAUCUGUCUACUUUGUCUGUCUUUUCAUAAAGUGUUCCUGAAAAAUCAAGCCAUGGUUAUGUCAGAUAAUAACGCGCGUCUCAUUCAAAGUAUGAAUUAAUAUUUUUAGAAAGAUAAUCAAAUAUGCAUUUGUGCCAGAUAGUGAGAACUAGUGAAAGCAUCCAAGAACUAUUUUGUGUAAAAUUUUUGUUAAGCAACUGCUUUUACAUCCAUGCAGAAUUUUGUGAAAAUCAUUGUGAUGUAUGUAGCAGGUUAUGUGAUGCAAGUGUUUUCAGCAUAUAAUUUUUCUAUGUAGCGCAGGAACUUUAUGCCUAGAAGGUAUAUUAUGAGGCAUUUGGGAAAAACAUUGUAUUAAAAGAGUUUAUUAUAUCAAUACAAGAGAGAAAGUUUGUGGAGUUCAUAAUUAAUUUUAAACAGUGCUUUAAAGAAGAAAAUUCUUAUUCUCAGGUUAAAUAAAGCUCACAUGUGUGAAGCAUCUGACAAGUCAUUCGGAUAAACAGGUGAUUGGAACAAGCAUAUGUUGAUUCUCCCUCAAAUGAAUCCUCAUGUGUGUGAGAUAUGUAACAGGCGUUUCUCUCGGAAAAUUAAUUUAAGCAAUCAUAUGCUUAUUCACACAGGAGAGAAACCUCAUGUGUGUGAGUUGUGUAACAAAUCAUUUAGAGUGAAGCAUACUUUAAACGAGCAUAUGAUUAUUCACACAGUAGAGAAACCUUAUGUGUGUGAAGUAUGUAACAAGUCAUUCAGGCAAAAGGAUCAUUUAAACAAGCAUAAGCUUACUCAUACAGCGGAGAAACCUCAUGUGUGUGAGCUAUGUAACAAAUCAUUCAGACAAAAGCAUCAUUUGAAUGAUCAUAUGCUUAUUCACUCAGGAGAGAGACCUCAUGUGUGUGAGAUAUGUAAUAAAGCAUUCAGAAAAAAGAGUGAUUUAAAGAAGCAUUUGCGUAUUCAUACAGGAGAGAAACCCCAUGUGUGUGAGAUGUGUAACAAAGCAUUUAGAAAAAGAACUGAUUUAAAUAAGCACUUGCUUAUUCACUCAGGAGAGAAACCUUAUAUGUGUGAAGUGUGUGAGAAGUCAUUCCGACAAAAAUUUUGUUUAAACCAGCAUAUGCGUAUUCACACUGGAGAAAAACCUCAUGUGUGUGAGGUAUGUAAUAAGUCAUUCAUACAAAAAUUUCAUUUAAACCAACAUAUGCCUAUUCACACAGGAGAGAAACCUAAUUUGUGUGAUGUAUGUAACAAAUCAUUUAGACAAAUAAGUACUUUAAACAUUCAUAUGCGUAUUCACACAGGAGUGAAACCUUAUGUGUGUAAGUCAUGUAAUAAGUCAUUUAGGCAAAAGCGUGAUUUAAAAAAUCAUAUGCGUAUUCAUGCAGGAGAAGAGGAACAAAACACAACAAAAUCUUGAAUAAAAGAAUAAAUUAGAGGACGGUAUCUACAGAGAACAGAAGCCUCUUGUCUGAACUGAAAAAUUUAGGUGAGAACCUUUACUUGUCUGUACAAUAACAACUUGUCCAUACUAGAAAGAAAUCUCAUUGUAAGAGUUGUGUAACAUGUCAUUUUAUCCUUGUUCUUAAUAAAAGUUUUAUUUAUUUAUUUCCUGAAA